UACAUAUAAUUAUUUUUGAAUAUAAUUUAUUUUGAAUAGUGUUAGCAACAUGGUGUGGCCUACAAUCCAUGACGUUGCGUUAAGCGAAUAUGAUGCUAUGGAGCUGCCGGGACAGCAGUUGCUUUCAGCGAAUGCAACUACGCCGCUAGACCACCAACUGAACCUCGACGUCAAGGCACCUCCUGGAUGCCAGCGUCUCACUGGAAUCAUCGCUUCUAUGGGUAAAUCCACAACCGAUGUCGAAGUUGUAGAACAAAUGAUAGCAGCCGGGAUGAACAUAGCCUUGCUAAACUUUUCAUUUGGUAGUGUCGAAGAGCACAUUGAAAUGAUCAAAACUAUAAGACAGGCUGCCAAGAACUACAGUGUCAAAGUGGAGAAACUGUAUCCACUCGCUAUUGCUGGUCGUCUGACCGGUAAAAAAAUUAGAACUGGACGGAUAGCUGACACUUAUGGCGAUACCGUUGACCUAAAAACUGGUGAAACAGUAAGACUAACGUCUGACGAAACAUAUAAAGAUAGAUGUUCCACUUACACCAUCUUUGUAGACUUUAUGUACUUGGCAGAUCAAGUAAAAAAAGGGAAUAACAUCUUGUUAGACAACGAAAAAAUUUCUUUGAUAGUAGAAGUCAUCUCUUCUACAACAAUAACGUGCAAGAUUGAUCGGGGCGGCCUUUUAGGUUCAUAUAAAGAUGUUUUUAUACCUAAUGUGCUGUUAAAUAUGCCGAAUUUUUCUGAAAAAGACAGGAUGGACAUCGAAAUGGCUAAGUCCCAUCAGUUGGAUAUAUUAAUCGCUCCUUUUGUAAGCAGUGCCGAGGCCGUUAGAGAGUUAAAACAGAUUUUGGGCGAAAAGGGUAAAAAGAUUGCAAUCGUAUCUCAAAUCCAAACUAUCCAAGGAUAUUACAACUUUGAUGAUAUACUCGCUGUGACUAAUGGAAUAAUAAUUUCGAGACAAGAAUUGGGUUCAGACAUUACUCCUAAAAAGUUGAUAUUAGUUCAAAAGAACAUGGUAGCUCGUGCUAAUAAGUCUAACAUCCCAAUCGGCAUCAGUACCCAACUCCUAAGCAGUAUGAGGUACCACUCACAGCCGCUAAGGUCCGAGCUGCUAGACGUAGCGAACUGCGUGUUAGACGGAGCUGACGCGCUGGUGCUGACCGCUGAGACGGCUGUUGGCCAGUUCCCGGCGGAGACCAUCGCCUGCCUGGCCAAGACCUGCAAGGAGGCGGAGGCCUGCGUGUGGACGAGGCAGCUGUUCAUGGAUAUGAUUGCUUCGAGCCUAUGCCCUUGCAGCAAAGCCGUUGCCAUCGGCCUGGCAACGGUCCUAGCAGCACAGCGAACCCUCGCUGCAGCUAUAAUCGUGGUCACGUCGACUGGACACUCGGCCCAUAUUGUGUCCGGCUUCAAACCUCGCUGUCCCAUCGUGGCUGUUACAAGAUACCCGAUUAUCGCCAAGCAGCUUCAUAUGUGGAGGGGCAUUAUACCAUUGGUGUACGAAGACCAGCCCGACCCUGAUUGGUUGGUGGACGUGAACCAGCGUGUCGGCUUCGCGCGCAAGUUCGUGAUGGAGCGCGCGUUCGUCAGAGUUGGAGACCCUCUGGUGAUAGUGACGGGCUGGCGUGAGGGUUCCGAGUUCACGGAGACUAUGCGGGUCGUGUAUGCUACUGCUGAUUGAACUUACCUGGUAAAUAGAUGUAACAGAAAUAUUUAUUUUUAUUGCGUAUUUACUUCUUCUAAUUAAAAUGAAUCUGUGACUCACACUUACCCAUUUGUGCAAAUGAAAGAGACCGCGCGUUCAAUAUCUUCUCGUGCUGUUGAGGGACGGCGUGAGAGUCAAGAGUUCACGGAGACUAUGUGAAUCAUGGUAAAUAUAUGUAUUAUAACGUUUUAUUACGCACUUUUUUCUUUUUAAAUCUCAUCUACACAUUUGUGCAAGUGCGUAUUCGUCUGACCCUAUCGUGGUAAUGGGCUAGCGCAAGUGAUCAGGCGUUCACGCAAGCUUUGCGAGUAGUGUAGGUACGAGUAUGCUAAAGCUAAACUCUGAUCAAACAUUUUUAUAAUUAAGUAAAGCUGAG